AUGGAGUCCGCAAUCGCCAAACAACUCGUGGACAAGAUCUAUGAGAAGCGGAAGGCCGCAGCGCUUGACCUCGAAAAGCAAAUCCGAGAAUGUCACCAACAAGGAGACCAACGAAGAAUAAGCCAGAUAAUUGACCAGCUGGUCGACAUGUUUAGCAACACUCACAACGCGCUCCACAUCCGCAAUGGUGGUCUCAUCGGGCUUGCAGGCACUGCAAUUGCCCUCGGCGUCGAUGUCGCGCCGUAUAUGGAUAAGUUUGUCUACCCGCUGCUCGACUGUUUCGUCGAUUCGGAGAAUAGGAUACGCUACUUCUCUGCCGAAUGUCUCUACAAUAUCGCCAAAGUUUCGAAGGGCGAAGUGCUCGUCUACUUCAACGAGAUAUUCGAUGCGCUCAGCAAGUGGUUGAAAACGCCGUUUUAA